AUGCACCACCAUCGCAUCAUCACCUUCGCCGCCAGCCACACCUCAACGCUGCCACCAGGGUCGCCAACAGCGCAAGCGCAGGACCAGCAUGAUGUUGGCGAUGCCGAAGAGGGUAUGAGUCCGCUCAGCAUGCUCUUCGACGGCAUUAUGGCCGACUGGCACUCGCAGCACGCGCGCAUGCCCAGCCGCGAACAGGCAGCUUAUCCGUACAGUCCAUCAUCGGCUCGCUCGGAAGCAUCAACGUGCAUCACCACUCCGGACCGCUCGCCACAACACGCCAUCCCUGGCCUGCCUCCGCAGCCGUGGAAGGAGGCCGUGCUUGUGCACACCGCAUACGAGCACGUCAUGACGAUGCCUGGCGGUGGCCCACUGCUCGACGCAAGUUCGGGCGGUGGACUCGGCUUCUGGGCUUCCACCCUACCUCCAGACGCUACACCAGAGCAGAAGACUAAUGGUGAGAGUGUGCAGGCGCCUCCGCGUCCAGAGCGACCCGCUCGACCCGCUCGACCCAAGCACUGCCGUGAGACUCUCGAAGAUCUUGACGAAGGCAACCAUGCGCCGUCCGCUGGCGUGGUCUCGCUGCGCAGCAUGCGCAAGUCUCCCGCCGAGUACUACCACCCAACCCCACCGGUAGCGCAAAGCGAUACGAGCAGCACGUUUGAGCUUGCUCCGGCUCCGCAGCGGGCGCGCGCUGCAACAGCCAGCGCACGCACGGUGGAGCGCAGUAGCAUGGAUUCGACCGCAACCUUUGUGAGCGCGCGCUCCGAGAUGUCGUUCUCGACCGCGCGGGCGCGCCGCCUACCGCGAUAUCCGCCUUCCGCCAGCCGCUCUUCGGGUCUGGCUCAGCAGCCAUCCAUCCCUCAGCCCGAAAGCUCACCAGUCAUCGCACGCAGGCCAUCGCUGCUCAAGAGACUUGCGGACGGACUGAGACGCUCGCCCUCGCAGUGCUCCGAUGCCACGGCUUCAGGUCCGACGGACUAUGCAAAGAUCCCGCGCACCCCCAUGGAGAUGAUCACACCCUACACCUCCGACCCGACCCCCGCACCUACGCUGUCACGCAAGCUUACAUUCAGCAAACAGUCACCGACACCUACACGACUCGCACAGUACGAGCUGGCAGAGGAUACAGGUGUGGGCCACGUGCCGCGGCGAGCGCUGGCACGCAAGCUGUCGUUCAGCCAGACCUCACCCAGUGCGCAGCUCGCCCUGCAUCGCACCACGUCGCUGCGCUCCAACCCGCCGCCGUGUUCGAGUGCGAAACGCAGCCCAUCACGCACAUCGAUCGUCCAAGCCGCGUCCACACCGCCUGUGCUCGGCGUGAAGAAAGUCACGUUUGCACUCGCCACGUCCACCGACGCGCCUGCACGCACGCUCUCCCGCUGUAGAUAG